AUGUCAGAUCCAACUGAUCAAUCAACAACGACAACAACCACAACAACCAGUAAUGUAGUAGCACCUACUGAUACAACAACCACAACGAAUGAUCUUAUGAAUGAUCUCGAGAGCAAUAAUGAUAAUGAUUCAAUCCCAUCAACCUCUACUUUGUUUCCUGAUGUUGUUCCUACUACUACGCCCAGACUCACUCCCGUCGGAUGUAUUCCAAGCAACCCUGAUCGCAUCCAAGAUACCGAUCUCCUCUACUAUCGUUCCAGUACAGUGAUCUUUUUGAGAGGGAGUGAAAGAUCUAGAUUCCACGAAUAUCAAAAUUAUAAACAUUUCAAAUUACAAUUAAUGAAAUCAUUUGAAUCAAAGAAUAAUUGUACAAUGGUUAUUGGUAAAGCACAAUUGAAUAAAUUCGAUUAUCAUUUUGAUGUUGGAAGAAACAUCAAAAGUAUUGCUAGCAAUGUUUCAAAUAUCUAUAUUACCAGAUCUGCUUUAAAAGAUGAUCAAGAAAUCACAAUCAGUAACUGUGUUGAAAGGAUGCAACACGUUGAAAUCCCAAAGUCAAUCAAUUCACUCAUGUUUCAAUAUGAUUUCAAUGAGCCACUCGUGAAAGAAUCACUUCCAAGUUCAUUAAAGGUUUUAGAUUUUGAAUGUCCUCUCAAACAAGAGAUUCUAACUGGGUUACCUCCAGUGUACUUCCAAGAUAUAGAUGCAUUAUUCCCAGAAACUUUAAAAAAUCACUUUGAAGUAUUCUUAUAUAGAAAUGAUAUUUUUCUUCUAAUUCCAUCAAACAUUAAGAUCGAUAUUUUAUAA